AUGGAGAAAAAGAAGAUGUGUCCUCGCCUGCUCGACUACCUGGUGGUGGUCGGAGCACGGCAGCCCAGCAGUGACAGUGUGGCUCAGACGCCUCAGCUGCUGCGGCGGUACCCUCUGGAGGACCACCCCGACUUCCCGCUCCCCCCAGACGUGGUCUUCUUCUGCCAACCCGAGGGCUGCCUGAGCAUCCGGCAGCACCGUGUCAGCUUGCGCGACGACUCCUCCUUUGUCUUCACCCUCACGGACAAGGACUCGGGCAUCACGCGUUUUGGCAUCUGCGUCAACUUCUACCGUUCCUUCCAGCGCGGGCACCACCGUCAAAGACCCGACAAGAGCCACGACUCGGCCUCGCAGGGGGAGACCAGCGAGGAUUCUAGGCCCGCGUCGGCUCUGUGCUCAAAGAACUCUGAGGGGUUAGAGACCGGAGAGCAGAGCGGGGAUUUAAGCAGUAGUAAAUCGCCUCAGCACAAGAGGCGCAAUGCCAAAACUACCGCACGGAACCGCAACAGCACCUUGACGUCACUCUGCAUCCUCAGCCACUACCCGUUCUUCUCCACCUUCAGGGAGUGUCUGUACAUCCUCAAGAGGUUGGUGGACUGCUGCAGUCAGAGGCUCACGCAGCGCGCAGGCCUCCCACGCGCCGCCCAGAGGUCAGUGUCCUGA